AGGAAGCGGAGCGGAGAGAGAGAACAGCGCUGGCUAGAAUGACACAGAAGCAGCUUUGAGCUGUAGGACAGACUGCGGCUAAACCAAGGACCAGCUCCAGCACGGCUUCACAGCGUCAUCUCACCCAAACACACAGCAACGACGAAAAUGCUCAUCAAAGAAUUUCGAGUGAUCCUACCAAUUUCUGUGGAGGAGUACCAGGUAGGUCAGCUGUACUCAGUAGCUGAGGCAAGUAAGAAUGAGACAGGGGGAGGAGAGGGCGUGGAGGUCUUGAAGAAUGAACCAUAUGAGAAAGAUGGAGAAAAAGGCCAAUACACACACAAAAUCUACCACCUGCAGAGUAAAGUUCCCUCUUUUGUGAGAAUGCUAGCCCCAGCAUCAGCUCUCAACAUUCAUGAGAAAGCCUGGAAUGCUUACCCAUACUGCCGCACAGUAAUCACUAAUGAGUACAUGAAAGAGAAUUUCCUCAUCAAGAUAGAAACAUGGCAUAAACCUGACUUGGGUCAUCAGGAGAAUGUACACGGUUUGGACCCUGACACUUGGAAGAAGGUCGAUGUGGUGUAUAUUGACAUCGCUGACAGAAGUCAGGUGGAACCGAAGGACUACAAGCCAGAUGAAGAUCCGUCCAAGUUUAAAUCUGCCAAGACUGGCAGAGGACCCUUGGGGCCUGACUGGAAGAAAGAACUGCCCAAAAAGACAGACUGUCCACACAUGUGUGCCUACAAACUGGUAACAGUGAAGUUCAAGUGGUGGGGACUGCAAAACAAAGUGGAGAGCUUCAUUCAGAAGCAAGAGAAACGCUUGUUCACUAAUUUUCACCGACAACUCUUCUGCUGGAUUGAUAACUGGAUUGAGCUAAACAUGGAUGAUAUUCGUAGAAUGGAAGAGGAGACCAGGAGGGAGCUGGAUGAGAUGAGAGUGAAGGACCCUGUAAAAGGGAUGGUGGCUCUCGAGGACUAAAUCUCCUGUGUAUAGCCAGAGUGUGCUGCUGUUUAUAUUGGUGUGUAACAGAGGUGCCGGUCGCAUUGCCGUAUUGUGAAAUUAUAGGCUUCCCCUGUCGUCAAUUGUUAGGAAAAUUUCCCUCAAAAUAUACAUUAUAAAUGACUUAAUUAAUGGUCUCAUGUUACUCAGGCGUGAGAUUUUAAAUUUCUCAACUUUUUUCUUUCACCUCCUACUUCUUGAUGAGUAAAGUUACAAUCUCUUUCAUUGUCUCCCUCUAUCACUCACUUCUGUAAUCAGCUGCAUCAAUUUGUAAAGAAAUUGGAUGAUUUAUAAAUGUAAAUAAAUCUUGUGCUUCUCUAACCAGACUGAUAAUACAGUAUGAAAAAUAGACACACAAUAAAGAUAAAUAGGAUUCAUAAAGAGCAAAAAUAAUCUUUUUUCAUGCACCAUCAUGAAAACUGACACAGCUGACACACCACAGAAAGACAAUUGUGCUAAAAUAAUUAGUAUGUCAAAAUCAAAUGGUGGUUCUGUAUAUAUUCCCUUCAUAUUGGGAGGUGAGUUAUUCUCAGCUGUAUAAAAAGUUUUUCAAAGUAAUUACUCUCAGUAACCAAUCUUAGAUGUGUUUUGCGGACCAAUCUGACUCUCCUCUGUGUUCUGUUUUAAACCUCUUGUGAUUGUUGAACCUUAUUGUUAUUUUAGAAUUUGAUUACAUUCAUCUUAUCAUCCUCCACUGAAACAGGAGCUCAUUUGUAAAUUGGGCCGGAAUGACAGGUGCUCAUUUGUGUAUUCAGAGGUUGAGGUGGGGUGUCAGACUAAUAUAUUAUAUAUAUUAUUAUUCAUCAUUCAUCAGGGCAAAGUCAGUAAAAUAAAAAGACUACACUAAUUGUUCUGUGCUUCUUGAACUUCAGAAGUUAUUUCAAGUUCACCAGCAUCUUAUAGCAAUUGUUGAUCAGUACAUUGUGCUUCCCUGUGGAUCGUUUAGGAUGUUUAACAACUUUGCUUUGUCCUCUGUAUGCACAGUGUGUGCUUAGUCAUUCUGUGUGUGCUCAGUUUCUGUCGUCAUCCUCUCGUCAUUUAUUUCCUGUGUGUAUGUAAGAGAGGGCAGAAGAGGGUCACAGAAAUGAGUAAAGUCUGUGUGUGCAUGCAGAUUUCUGCUGGAACAUACAUAACUCAAGCAUGUAGUCUCCAGCCAUUUCUUGUUGAGACGACUCUACAGAUCAACAAAGCAUGAAAGAUUUGGUUUGUUGACAGCGAAGUUUUGUUGUCUGCUUUUAAUGGCACACAUUCUAACACUUCUAACUGAUAAAAGGAAACUUUUAUCUGGGUUUUAGCAAUAAUGCUCACAUUUCCAUCUCAUCUCACACUUUAUUUUUCAAUACUAAAACUCAUCAAUGUCUUUUAGAUUAAUUCAUAUUGUCCCUAGAAAGUGUCAGCACUUGACUGACUUCAGGAAACGAGGAUUAAUUUGAGUAUGGUUGUCUGACUGUAUUUUAUAUAUAUAACUCAAUGUGUGUGUAUGUCUGAAGUUAUGUUAUGUGUUUGAGAGAUGUUUAAAAUAUGGAUGGACUGAUGGUUCGCACUUUUGUCCACGUAGCUGAGUUUCACAUUCAAUACUGUACAAUCCCAUUAGCAAUACUCCACCGCUGCAUCGGCCCUAGGAAACCUUUCAUGGAGCUGUUUGGAUGUAUGUAUUGAAUUGUACAUAGUAUAUAAAUAUGUGUAGAUGAAUACAUGCCUAUAUAUAGGUCAGACUGUCCUGCCAAUCCAUCCACAUUCAUUUUACACAUACAGUACACCAUACUUUGUUUGCAGGAUGGUGUAUUUUUAGGAAAAUCCCUAAUGCUGCUGUAGCUCCAUCAAAGCCGAAUAUGAAUUGCAGUAAACACACUGAUUUGCUCUUUGCAUUACUUUGGUGCAGUUUGGUUCUGUUCUGUCAGGGCGAACAGCUGGAAAGGCAAUCGGUUCUGAACCAUUUCUGCUCUGAAAUCAUAUUGUUAACAUUGUUAACAUAAAGGCAUCUAUCUCAGUGUCCUCAGAUUCCACAUCUUUGGCAGGACAGUGUUGAAAAAUAUAUAUAAAAUAUAUUUUUUGUUCCCUAUUGUUGUCGUACCUGCAGUAUGUCAUCAAGUCUCCGAGCCCUGUUGCUGCCUCUUUUAACAGGUGAAGUCUUUCAGAGAUGUCACCUCCAAUUUUUACUGACCUCAGAGCAGUUGGCUAUAAUACUAAAAAAAAACCCAGAGAGAUUCAAAUCAGAGAAGCUGGUCUUUGACUAAUAAAUGGGCAGCUUCUAACCAGAACGUUUGUAAUAAAUAUAAGAAUCUUAAUAAGAGGUGACUAAGCAGAACAUCAAAUGACCUGAUUCCUUGCCCAUGCAGAAAGAAGAUCAUUAUGCAGAGACUCUCGUAUAGCUAUGUUGUUAGUACAGUUCUCGUUUUGUCGUCAGGUUUACAAAUCUGCUAAUUCAGAACAAGAAAUGUUUUAUUUUAAAAAUUUUUGUUUAAUGUCACUCCCUUGCUUGUCAUCUGUUUUUAGUUUCUUUUACUGUGAAUUUGUGCCUUUUGUCAUUUUAUCCUCUUGACUA